AUGAAGAAAAUGGUGCUUUCUCCGAUGAGGACAUCAAUGGAUGUGAACAGCAGCCAUGCCAAAACGGUGGCGUGUGUGAGAGCCACAGCGAAGGUUUCAGAUGCCUUUGCUCCCAACAAAGCCAAAAUGGGCGCCUGCCCUGAAUGCCAGACUCCCACCGUCUUCUCAUUUGAGUCCAGAGGUUACAUGUACAUAGAGACUCAGCUUCUAGACCCAGAGGCUCCUCUUAAUGUGACAUUCAGCUUCAGGUCAGCAAGACCGGUGGGCACCCUCUUGCAGCGCAGAGUGGAUGACCUGCUCCUCAGCAUUGAGCUGAUGGAUGGGCAUCUCUGCCUCCGCAGCCUGAGGGGUCAAGGCUCCAGCACGCUGGUCCAGGAGCUGCCAGAGUACUUGUCCAACAAUAGGUGGCACACAGUGGAAGCGUCGCUGGGCGGUGUGGUCAGUCUCAUCAGGCUGCUCUGCGCCGAAGGAAGCUGCACCAGAGACUCCAGCGCUGAAGUCCAGCUGCUCGAGCAAGCCUCUGCUCUGCCCAAGCCGGGAACAGUCCGUCAAAGCCUCUUCAUUGGAGCGGUCGGGGGCGACUGGGGUUUGGGCAGAGCAGCGGAUGACGCGGACCACCCGCCAGCUUUUCUGGGCUGCUUCAGGGAUGUGUUUGUGGACUCACAUCUGGUGUUGCCUGUUGCAGUGCCAGAAGAUUCAGACGCCCGGGCAAACAUCACAGCGGGGUGCAGCGACAAAGACAAGUGCGAUGAAAGCCCGUGCCAGAACCGAGGGCGCUGCGUGAGCCAGGGCUGGAGGAGCUACAUGUGUGAGUGCCACAGGCCACACGAGGGGAGCAACUGUGCAGAGGAGUACAUCACUGCAAGAUUUGGAAGCAAAGACCUUGAGAGUUAUGCUGUCUUCUCAUUGGACGAUGACCCAGGUGAUGCUGUGACUAUAUCCAUGUUCGUUCGCACCAGACAGUCCAGCGGCCUGCUCCUCAUCCUGGCCAACAGCACCAGCCAGUACCUCCGCCUGUGGCUGGAAGAGGGCAGGGUCAAAGUUCAGGUCAACAACUUCGAGACCCUUCUUGGUCGGGGCGCGGUCAGUGACGGCCAUUUCCAUCUGGUGACCGUGAAGCUGGAAGCAAUGGAAACCUUCCUGUUCCAGUCAGCCCAGAGCCAGGGCUCUAUGCACAUUAGGCCCAUCCAGGCCCAUCCUGGGGAUCUGGUCUUCGUUGGGGGGCUGCCAGACUCGAGGGCCUCUGCGUCGUUUGGUGGCUACUUUAAGGGAUGUGUCCAGGAUCUGAGGAUUAACAGCAAGCGGCUGCAGUUCUAUCCCAUUGCAACUCUGGUGGAAUCUUACAGCCUGGAGCAACUCGUCAAUGUUGCACAGGGAUGCAGCAGUGACAAUGCCUGUGCUGUCAACCCCUGUCUCAACGGGGGAGUGUGUUACUCCAUGUGGGACGAUUUCAUCUGUAACUGCCCCCCGAACACCGCGGGGCAGCGCUGUGAGGAGGUGAAAUGGUGUGAGCUGUCUCCCUGUCCUGCCACUGCGGUCUGUCAACCCGGCUCUCAGGGCUUUGAGUGUUUGUCUAACGUGACAUUUCGGGUCGAAAGCAACAUUUUGCACUACCGGAGCAAUGGGAAGAUUAAGCGCAACCUCAGCAGUGUCUCCCUCAGCUUCCGCACAAGACAGUCCGCUGCCACCAUACUGCAUGCACAAAAGGACUCAGACUACCUCAUCGUCUCCCUCCUGGACUCUCAUUUGGUCAUGGAGCUCCAAGCUGGCGCUAACGAGGAUUCCCAUAAGGUGACAGUUCAAAGCCAGGGUCCAGUCAGUGAUGGAGAGUGGCACUCUGUGGAGCUCAGCAUGGAGAACCAGACACUGCCGACCUCCAGGUGGAUCAUGGCUGUGGGUGAAGGCAAGGACAAGCUAAGCGUGUCCGAAACAGCUGCGGGGGACCUGGAUUUUCUCAGGGAGGGAGCAGACAUCUUCCUGGGGGGACUGAGCCUGGACGCUGGAGUGAAGCUGUCUGGCUGUCUGGGCCUGGUGGAGAUUGGAGGCCUUCCUCUCCCUUUCCACCACGACACAGAGCUGAACCUCCCCAGACCUCAGGAGGAGAUGUUUGAGAGGAUAAACAGCAACGCUGCCCCACAGUACGGCUGUUGGGGAGCGAGUGUGUGUGCACGCAACCCUUGUAAGAACAAGGGUGUGUGUGUAGACCUGUUUGACUUACACCACUGUGCAUGUCCCUCCGAGUGGACAGGGCCACUGUGUCAAGAGUCAGCAGACACCUGCGUCUCCAGCCCCUGCAUCUACGGAAACUGCACCAACCUGCCGGGAGGAUUCCAGUGUGUGUGUGAGCUGGGCUACGGCGGCGAACAGUGCGAGGUUGAAGUUGAUAUGUGUGAAAACAGCAAUUGCAGCAACGGCGCCACGUGCCUCAAAGGUUUCGAGAGCUACACGUGCCUCUGCCCUCAGAACCUGACAGGCCAAUACUGCGAUGAGAAGAUUCCUGAAAUCCCUUGGUACAUUGAAACCAAUCCACUUCCUCAGUUGCCUGUAUCAAGAUGCGUUGGCACAAGAUGGAACUACAGCUGCUUUAAUGGAGGGAACUGCUCUGAAGCAAACAACACCUGUUACUGUCUGCCUGGUUUCACAGGACAGUGGUGUGAGAAGGAUGUGGAUGAAUGUGCCUCGGACCCGUGCAUGAACGGAGGCUUCUGCGUCAACUACGUGAACAGUUUCGAGUGUGUGUGUGAUAUGAAUUACUCAGGAAUACACUGCCAAAUUGAUGUGAGCGACUUCUACUUGUACCUCUUCUUGGGCCUGUGGCAGAACCUCUUCCAGCUGGUGUCCUACCUUGUCAUACGCCUCGACGACGAGCCAGAAAUUGAGUGGGGAUUCCACGUGAACGAUUAG